AAUCACCAACAAGUAAAAGCCCAAACAUAAAAAAUGCACUUCUUUUUAAUGAGUUCAUUAAUAGCAGUGAAUUUGGGUAUAAAAGUGCAGAUGAUGAUGAUGAUACGUUUGGUGAUGAAACUACAAGUUAUAGAUCUGGAAGUUGUGAUAGAAGCAGUAAUCGUGAUUCUGAUAAUAUUAAAACAUUUACCUUGGAUAAAAUGAGCUUUGAAAGAGCCAGAGUUUUUACUGAAAAUGAAGAGAUUUGUCACAAUACGUUUUGGGAAAAAGAUGAUGAAGUUGAAGUAGAUUCAGCAUUUUCAACAGAUCUAGAAUCAACAUCAACCUCAUUAUAUAAUGAAAGUAUAGUAUUAGAAGAUGCAGCUAAUCGCAGUAAUAUACAAAACCUAUCACCUUUUGUUAUUUUAGAUCUAAUUAAUGGUCAAUUUUAG